CGAGAAUCAGAAAUCCCCACAUCGCCAUUCCCAACAAAGAACCCACACAGCGCAACUUGGAAGCACAGUACAUAAUCAUCGAUGAUGGCAUCCAUCCCCAUUACGUCACCACCACCACACCCCAAAAAACCCAGACCAUCCAGAUUUAUAACCCAUGCCCCCCAUUAGUCAAUGCCACCUAGCCACCAACCGGGCAUCCACGAAUCCCUCCCAAUUCCCUGAAAAUAAAAUGCCUCGCAUCCCCUCACCAUCCUCCAACCUGACAAAACACCUCAUCAACCCAUCAACAAAAACACUCACUUUCACCACCUUCCGAACCACCCGACUCCCUCUCCUCACAGCAACAACAUCCCCCCAAUACCGAAACCACAGCACCACCACGAACAUCAGCAAAUACACCGCCGGAAACAUGACGAGCCAGCCCCCCAAGAACGAGAUGGUCUAUUUCCCCGGCGUCAUGUCGCCGAGCCGGAAGUUCGGGGUGUUCCGCAAGGUGCUCCACACGGGCCUGUACUCGCAGUUCGUGGCCAUGGAGGUGCCGGUCAAUGGGGAGAUUGGGGACGAGGUGCAUACGGUUGAUCAGACGUUGAUUUUCACACACGGGACGGGCAAGGCGAUUGUUGCGGGCAAGGAGCAGGAGGUCAAGCAGGGGGAUGUGGUGAUUGUGCCGGCCGGGACGCAGCACCAGUUCCUGAAUGCGGGCGAUACUCCCCUUGAGUUGGUGACGAUCUAUGCCCCCGCGGAGCAUGAUCCUCGGACGGUGCACCAGACCAAGGCGGAAGGGGACGCCCAAGAGGAGGCGGGUGAGGAUGAAGCACCUGAGUGGAGUCAGCGGAGUAAGAGCGAGAACGAAAGGAUUGGCCUGGUCAAGGUGCCACAAUAGCUGGAAUUUGAAAAAAGGUCAUGUUCAUUGUAAUAUUCGAUUAAGCACAGAUAAGUUCUUGAAACAGCAACACUGUCG